AUGAUGGGAUCAAUGUCUGCACGCCCUGGAAUGCUAGUUGAGCCUGCCGGGUAUAUAACGAGCAAUGACGCGCUUAAAUGGAAAGAUCUCGAGCUCUAUAUGGUGAAACAUCUAGAAUAUCCGACUUGCCAGACUCGUCCUCUGAAAGUCAAGCAUAAGCUGAAUAAGGGCAAGAGAAACAAGGUUGUUGCGUCGGUCUUCACCUAUACUGAACGAAAUGAUAACCUUGCCCUCUGCGUUAUACAAGACAUACUGGAACUUGCCAUCCUCGACUAUGCCUUUGCCAGCGAAGAACAAGGUCAGAUCAGAAAGGAAAAGGUUGCACGAAACCGCGAUGAACAGCACAGAGACUUUUUCGACAAUAUUGGAAACAAAAUAGUAAUUAAUGGAAACUACCAUCGCAAGCCAAUCGUGUUUGAACCAGACACAUCGCAUGUGAUACCGGAGAGAAAAGCCCUCGCAGACCUUGAAUUUAAGAAUAGAGAUGUGGACAAGGUCAGUGAUGAGGAACCUCUUGAAGAUCGUAUCCGUUCCAUUGAGAUGCGCCUGGCUCUCCACCGCCUCGACGUACCAAAGCCACUGCAGAAGCGAAUCCGGUUCGACGAAACCCAAUUACAAAAAGCCUUGCGGGGACACCAUUCCGUUGGAGAGCGAGAGUGGACUUCAAUGCCCAAGCAAAAGAGUAUACAUAUGCUCGCAAAGAUACGCUACAGAAACACAAUAAGACUCAUCGACUGCGGCGAAAGUUUCCAGCGCGUUGCACGUGCGACCACCUCGGAUGCUUGA